CCUGGAAAAUCGAUACAUGCAUUAAACCAUAAUAACAAACAGCUCAAACAAAAAGUCAAAAAAUUACAACAGUCUAGGGACCGUGUAAUUCAUAAAGUUCAAAAACUUAAUGGUUCAGUUGUACAGUUUAAAUGCAAGCAUCGUCAACGCAUAUCCCGAAUUCGUGCCAUGGCAAGACGCCCACCAGAAUUAAAAAAAGAUGACAUAAAAACC